UUCAUAUAUUGCGAUUUCUCUAAAUCUGUGUUUUUCUUUAACCCAACAUCAAAUGGCUCAGUUGUUGAGCAAGGCCAAGAACUUCGUGGCAGAGCAAUUGGUGAACGUAGAGAAGCCGGAGGCCAGCAUCGAUGACGUUGAUUUCAAGCAACUCAGCCGUGACUCGGCGGAGUACCUCGCUAAGUUGUCCGUGAAGAACCCCUACGGACAUGCCGUGCCCAUUUGCCAGAUCUCUUACACCCUCAAGAGUGCUGGCAAGGUGAUCGCAUCAGGGACGGUGCCGGACCCAGGGUCACUGAAGGCCAGCGACACGACAUUGCUGCAGGUGCCGGUGAAGGUGCCACACAGUGUAUUGAUGAGCCUGGCAAAGGACAUCGGUGCAGAUCGGGACAUAGACUAUGAGCUGGAAGUGGGUCUCACCAUUGACCUCCCCAUCAUUGGAAACUUUACCAUUCCCCUCUCCACCAAGGGAGAGAUCAAGCUACCCUCCGUCUCUGACAUCUUUUAAAGCUAGUUUGCUUGUAUUUUCUUACGUUUGCUCUACCGGCCUAUUAUAAUGGCUGUGGAAUAAUUUCAUACCCUUAAUUAGCUCGAAAUGGCGGUGCAUAAAUAAAUAUGGACCUUUUCAA